GGAGGAGUUGGGUGUUGCCUCGGUCUCCGAGCUGAAGUCAGGAUCCUCAGUCGAGUUGAGACACAGCGUCACACACACAGACACAGCGUUACUUGGCCUGCUACUGCCGCUGUCCUCUAAAUCUAUCUGUCUACCGUUAACGGAUCACCAUGGGAGUCGAAGGCUGCACCAAAUGCAUCAAGUACAUGCUUUUCUUCUUCAACUUCAUCUUCUGGCUUGCAGGAGGUGUAAUCCUGGGUGUGGCCCUCUGGUUAAGACAUGACCCCAAGACCAGUAACCUGCUCGAGCUUGAAUUUGAUGGAACCCAUGCCCCCAGCACCUUCUACAUCAGUGUCCACAUCCUGAUCGCUGUUGGCGCGGUGAUGAUGGUCGUUGGUUUUCUCGGUUGCUAUGGUGCCAUUCAGGAGUCCCAGUGUCUUCUGGGAACUUUCUUUGCCUGCCUGGUCAUCUUGUUUGCCUGUGAGGUUGCAGCUGGAAUCUGGGGCUUCAUGCACAAAGACACUGUGUCGAAGGAGAUGAUUAACUUCUAUGACUCUGUGUACGACAAGGCCAUGGCGGAAAGCAUCACCGACCAGGACAAGAGAAAGGCUGCCGCCUCAGUGCUCAAGGUCUUCCAUGAAACGCUGAGCUGCUGCGGUAAAGGCCAGGGAUCUACUUUCCUGACACGCUUUACAGACGUGCUCGGCCUGACCGACCUCUGCCCCAGCUCUGGAACCUCAGUCAGUUGCCACAGCAGGAUCCAGGAUCUGUUUUCAGAUAAGAUUUACUUGAUUGGAAUCGUUGCUCUGGUGAUUGCAGUUAUUAUGAUCUUCGAGAUGAUCUUCAGCAUGGUGCUGUGCUGCGGGAUCCGCAACAGUCCGGUGUACUGAAGAGACAGGCUUCUAGCCAGAUCCCCAUGAAGGAAGGAUGACCUUGCAGUCCCUGUCUCAUUCUUUUUCUUUCAUUUUUAUAAGCAGGAAACGUCACAUAUAUUGCUUGCUGGAUUUAGUCAGCUCUUUGAAAAGACAAUGUAAACCAUCCUCCGUUGAGCAUUUUAAUGACACUGUCAAAGAUUUGAAAUUUUUUUGUUAGUCACAGAUGCUGUUAUGCAUAUUUAACCAGUGCUAUCCUAACCUGAUAUGUAGAUAUUAUAUCUCACUGUCACACGAGUUACAUUCACCAGUCCUGGUGCUCUAAGUCUUUAGUGAUUCUUUAGUUGUUUACUGCUUCUUGCCUAUGAACAUACGAUUAUUAUUCUUGGUUUUUUGGAUGUUUUUUCCACUGUUUUAUGUAUAAACUGUAUAUAAAUAUAUAUAUUAACAGUGCUUUAUGACUGCCUCAGCAUGGAUAUUGUAUUACAGUAGAUCCUUCUCCUGUAUUCUUCCUGCACUCUCUGCUUGUUUGUCUUGCCCUAGACUGAACCAGAUGAUGGUGUAAAUGACCAGCACUAGUGUUGGCCUCACCACGCCACAUAGAGGUGAACACGCGCAAACGCACUUACAUCCUCUAUGCUGUGUGAUGUCUGCAGGAACUGCCUAAAGAAGGGAUCUCAGUUAUUCGUAGAAGCUGGAACCAAAGUCAGAGUGACCUGAUGUCUGUCAUUUUGGCUCUGCUCUGUGAGGUUAUUUGUGAUUUGUCUUUGGCUGUUUGUCGUUCAUCACAUGUCCCAAACUAAUUGAAUGCUGAGUUGCCUAAAACGUUUUGUAACUGUAUUAUCCUCAGUAGUUGUCAGAUUUCCUUAGAUAGAAGCUGAAUAAAGUUGAAUUUAGUGUCGCACUUACUAACCAUACUUUGGCAUGUUCUAAAAACACACAUUUCUCUUACUUGGCUAGUUCGGCAUAGCCUAGUUCCAGACUUUUGAAUCACUUUUGAAAUUUUGUCCAUAAGUUUUGACUAGCAUGGGAAAAAAUAAAAUCCGUCCUUUCUCUUAUCGA